CAAAUUUGAAGAGUUCUUUCUGUUGGAAGGAAAAUCAAUAGGGUGUAAGAUGGAGCUACCAAGUAAGAUCAACAACAACGAGAAAUCACUUCAACAAGGAAUUUCACCUUCAGGAAAUGGUGGUUUGAUUUCAAAUAGCAAGCUUACUGCACUUGUGGUGGAUAGUGAUAGAAUUUGUCAAAUAUUGGAGAAAGCAAUUUUAGAAUCUCAAGGUGUUGAGACCCAAGUUGUGGGAAGUGGGAGAGAUGCUCUGGAUCUCUUGGCCUCUGGGGCAACCUUCAAUCUCAUCAUCAUAGCUAUGGUACUCCCAAUCAUGAAUGGAGUUGAGACCACUAGGCGGAUUCGAGCAAUGGGCAUUUGUAGCAAAAUGUUGGGUGUUACUGCAUGCUCAUAUGAAAGGGAGAAGCAGGCAUUUCUGGAUGCUGGUGUGGAUGAGUUCAUUGAGAAACCGCUUACUCCUCAAAAGUUAGCCUCCAUUCUAAGAGAGAUGCGAAAUGCAUGAAUGAGAGUUGGAUUCAAUAGAGGAGUACAUCAAUGUUUGGAACACAAUCUUUGUUUUAGAAAUGCAUUUUGUCUAUUUUAAAUAUCUAGCAUGACAUGGUCACUUAUUUUGAGAACAAAUUUGGUUAAUCAAAACAUGCCAUUAGUAAAAUUAAAACC